UCACCUCCAAAUCAAACUUCCCUUUAGUGGCAGUUUCAGCUGCUCUCGGAAACCCACUUUCCCUUUUUAUCCUUCUUCGUCUCUCUCUCUCACUCUCUCUCUAUCUCUCUUUAAUCUAUCUCACGCGCCGCCGCCUCAAUCGGCGGCCACUAUAUCCUUCCAGUCGGAUCUCCGACCAUUUAUUCUUCCAUUUCCUUCCCUCUCCUCCACUAUCAAAAUUAUCCCAGAAAAAAAAUUGCCCAAAAAAGAAAAAAUUUCUAUCGGUGUUCUUGUUCAUUGUUGAAGAGUUCGGUGUUGCAUUUUUUUUGUUAGGGUUUCUAUUUUUUUUUUUCUUCCUAGGGUUUGUUUCAGAAUAACAAAGAGGAGAGGGAAGAAAAAAAAAAAAUUAGAAGAAAAAGCGAAAACAAAUAGAAAAAAGAAAGCUCGGAUUUUGUUUUGUUGUUUUUGUUUUUGUCGGUCUUUCUUUUUUCAGUGGAGAGAUGGCCCAAGUUCAGGUUCAGCCUCAGAAUGCGAUAUCGGGAGCAAACGCCGCAGCGGCAAACGGCGGGGCCAAUCCGUUUGUGACGACGUCCCUGUAUGUGGGAGAUCUUGACCCGAAUGUCACGGAUUCCCAACUCUAUGACCUGUUUAACCAGCUGGGUCAGGUGGUUUCGGUUAGGGUUUGCAGGGACUUGACCACCCGGAGAUCGCUUGGUUAUGGUUACGUCAAUUAUAGCAAUCCCCAAGACGCUGCAAGGGCAUUGGAUGUGCUAAACUUCACUCCUCUCAAUGGAAGGCCCGUUAGGAUUAUGUAUUCUCAUCGUGAUCCUAGCAUCCGCAAAAGUGGGGCUGGAAAUAUCUUUAUCAAGAAUUUGGACAAAGGGAUUGACCAUAAAGGACUGUAUGAUACAUUUUCUGCAUUUGGGAAUAUCCUUUCUUGCAAGGUAGCUACGGAUUCAUCUGGCCAAUCCAAAGGCUAUGGCUUUGUUCAGUUUGACAGUGAGGAAGCUGCCCAAAAAGCUAUAGAAAAGUUGAAUGGAAUGCUUUUAAAUGAUAAACAAGUUUUUGUGGGGCCCUUUCUACGCAAGCAGGAAAGAGAGAGUUCUUCUGACAAAUCAAAAUUCAACAAUGUUUUUGUGAAGAAUAUGUCAGAAUCAAAAACUGAGGAAGAUUUGAAUGCAAUUUUUGGUGAAUUUGGACCUCUUACUAGUGUAGUGGUUAUGAGGGAUGCAGAUGGGAAAUCAAGAUGCUUUGGAUUUGUCAACUUCGAAAAUGCAGAUGAUGCUGCUAGGGCUGUUGAGUCUUUGAAUGGGAAGAAAUUUGAUGAUAAGGAGUGGUAUGUUGGGAAAGCUCAGAAGAAAUCUGAAAGGGAAGUUGAACUUAAGCAUAGAUUUGAACAGAGUAUGAAAGAGGCAGCUGACAAAUAUCAAGGGGCAAACUUGUAUGUGAAAAAUUUAGAUGAUAGCAUUAGUGAUGAUAAACUUAAGGAGCUAUUUUCACAAUUUGGUACGAUUACAUCCUGCAAGGUUAUGCGAGAUCCAAAUGGUAUUAGUAGAGGAUCUGGUUUUGUUGCAUUCUCAACUCCCGAAGAGGCAUCUAGAGCUCUUUUGGAGAUGAAUGGAAAAAUGGUCGUUAGCAAACCUCUGUAUGUUGCACUCGCCCAACGAAAAGAAGAUAGAAGAGCAAGGUUGCAGGCUCAGUUUUCACAGAUGCGACCAGUUGCAAUGGCACCUUCAGUCGCUCCUCGCAUGCCAAUGUACCCUCCUGGUGGUCCAGGUAUUGGACAGCAAAUAUUUUAUGGUCAAGCCCCUCCUGCUAUCAUUCCUUCACAGCCUGGAUUUGGGUAUCAACAGCAACUUGUUCCAGGUAUGAGGCCUGGUGGGGGUCCCAUGCCAAAUUUCUUUGUGCCGAUGGUUCAACAGGGACAGCAGGGUCAGCGUCCGGGUGGCAGACGUGCAGGGGCUGUCCAGCAAAACCAGCAACCAGUUCCAAUGAUGCAACAGCAGAUGCUUCCAAGGGGGGGUAGAGUUUAUCGUUACCCACCAGGCCGUGCCCUGCCUGAUGUUUCGAUGCCUGGUGUUCCUGGAGGAAUGUUUUCUGUUCCAUAUGACAUGGGUGGUAUGCCAAUACGUGAUGCAGCAUUGUCUCAACCAAUUCCAAUUGGGGCUUUGGCUACUGCACUUGCAAAUGCGACACCAGAGCAGCAAAGAACAAUGCUGGGCGAGAAUCUUUACCCACUUGUGGAACAGCUGGAACCUGACAAUGCAGCUAAGGUUACAGGCAUGCUUCUGGAGAUGGAUCAAACUGAGGUUCUUCAUUUGCUGGAGUCACCAGAAGCUCUGAAAGCGAAGGUGGCUGAGGCUAUGGAAGUCCUGAGAAAUGUUGCUCAGCAGCAGCAGGCUGGUAAUGCAGCUGAACAACUGGCCUCAUUGUCGCUUAAUGACAACCUUGUGUCCUGAUAAGUUUAACACGGGCAUGUGUUGCUCUUCUAAAACCAAUGGAUUUGGGACUUGCACUAGGUGUGGGUUUGAUACAAUUUAAGAGCCUUAUUCUGUAGGUUAGACACUGGUAAUUGGUUUGUUACGUGAGGUGUUUUUGUUUUUUUGGGAGAUUGUAAGUACUGGAUUUUUGAUAUGCUUUAUCUAUUGCAUGGUCUUUUAUUUUGGA